AUGGAUAGAACACAGAUUUCAAAAACUAUCACAACAAGUGAAGAAGGAAUGAGCAAGGAGUUCAAGGAAUUAGUGUUAUCUCUUCCAUGUGCUAAAUUCUGGAAUGGUGUCCUCCACAAGUAUGAGGGCCAUUGGAUACCAUCCAUGUCAUUGAAGGGUAUGAUCUCUUUCCGAAAACACUUCAAAGUGCACGACUCUGAUAUCAUUUUAAGCACUUUUCCAAAAUCCGGCACCACAUGGUUAAAAGCUCUCAUAUUUACUAUUCUUAACCGUUCUCACUAUGCCUCAAAUAGUGCUACUCACCCUCUCCUCACUUGUAAUCCUCACCACCUUGUUCCCUUCUUGGAGCUUAAAAUAUAUGAUGAAAAUGAAAAUCCUAAUCUAGAAAACCUGCCUAAUCCAAGAGUUUUUGCUACUCAUCUUCCAUUCUCAUUAUUGCCACGAUGCAUCUUAGAUUCCAAUUGCCGCAUCGUAUAUAUAUGUCGAAAUCCUAUGGAUCAGCUUAUCUCUCGUUGGUUUUUUGCUACAAAUAUUCGUCCAGAGUAUAAGGAGACAAGUUCAAUUCACGAACUAGUCGAGAUGUUUCAAGAGGGAAUAUGUCCGUAUGGGCCAUUUUGGGACCAUGUUUUAGAGUAUUGGAAUAAGAGUUUGGAGAAAAAAGAUAGGAUUUUGUUUCUUAAGUAUGAAGAUCUAAAAGAAGAUAUUAUAAGUCAAACUAUUAAGCUAGCAGAUUUCUUGGGAUUACCAUUUUCUGAGGAAGAAAAAAAGAGAGGAGAGAUAGAAGAAAUAUCAAGAUUAUGUAGCAUUGAGAAUUUGAAAAAGUUGGAGGUCAACAUGAGUGGAGAAUACAAACCAGGAGUGCAAAACAAAGCAUUUUUUAGGAAGGGGGAGGUGGGAGAUUGGGCUAAUUAUCUAAGCUCGGCAAUGGCAGAAAAAAUGAAGAAGGUUGUGGAGGAAAAACUCCAAGGUUCUGGCAUUACAUUUAAAAUGACUUCGCAAGUGAAAGGGGAUUGCCAAGAUUAA